AACAAAAACAAGCGGAGCGACCUGGACAGCGCUCGGUAGGACAAGCCAACAAUAUUCUGCAUGCUUUCAUACUUUUACACGGUAUUUCAGUUUGUGGCCUCAAGUCCAGGUGUAGAGGGCUUGUGUAGGGAAACCCAGCCCCAGACCCGGAAGGCCUCGGGACCAGAUUUAGGCUCCAUCCCUGCCUGAAUGCCUGAGUUCCGCCUCCAUUUGGAUGACCUGGGGGGCUCAGACACAGCACCGAAGUUGUGUGUAGCCAUUUGGUGUCCAGAGCUGGACUGCAGUAGGACCUUCAACCGUGAGGUGGAAGAGUGAGAAAGGAGAAGACAAAUGGAGUCUGAGGACGAAGGAGGACGCACUCUGGUGCAAGUCAUCAGUGAGAAAUACAGCCCAGACAACUUCCCUUAUUGCCGAGGGCCCGGCGUCGGCGUGGUGAUCCGCACCAGUCCUCAGGGUUCACCUGUCAAAGAUCGUCUGAAUCUGCCCUGUGUGUUGGUUCUGGAUGGUUGUGGAAUCAGUCAUGCUGGAGAUGAAGAGGAGGUGGCCAGAUUCUGCUCUCAUGUGGUGGAGUUGGACCUGUCUCACAAUCAGUUUAAAGACUGGGCAGAGAUAAGCAAGAUCCUGUCUAACAUCCCUCACCUGGACUUUCUGAAUCUCAGUAUGAAUCCUCUAAAGGGGUCCAGCCUGGAUCCUGGAGCUGCUGAAGCAUUCUCCGGGCUACGCCGCCUCGUGCUCAACAACACACACGUCUCCUGGGACAUGGUGCACACAUUCACACAGGAGAUCCCUGAGCUGGAGGAGCUCUUCCUGUGUCUGAAUGAGUACGACUGUGUGAACUUGUCUCCGGUAGCCUGCUCGUCCCUGCGCCUGCUGCACAUCACCGAUAAUCAGCUGCAGCAGUGGGGCGAGGUGCGCAAGCUGGGCCUCAUGUACCCUGGCCUGGCCUCGCUCAUCUUGGCUAACAACUCGCUCUCGUCCAUCCACGAGCCCGAAGACUCACUGCAGCGCCUCUUCCCCAAUCUGCACAGCAUCAACCUGCACAACUCAGGCCUGAGCUGCUGGGAGGACAUUGAGAAGCUGAAUUUCUUCCCAAAUCUUCGCGAAGUUCGUCUGAUGGGCAUCCCCUUGCUGCAACCAUACACUGACCAGGAGAGACGCUACCUUAUGGUAGCACAUUUGCCUUCUGUGACUGUUCUGAAUGGGAGUGUGGUGACAGACGGGGAGAGAGAGGACGCAGAACGCUUCUACAUCCGCCACCACCUGGACUGUCCUGAGGAUGAGUUACCACAAAGAACUCAUUUUAUUAAAGGCUUCUUAAGGAUUUGGUAUAGGUUUAUUGUAACACUGAUCAGACAUUAUUCUUUCUCUCAGGAUACCCUCUAUCCCUUUGGACCAGCCUUUAGGGACGUAGAAACCCCAAAGAUGGAUGAUGGCAGUUCAACAGAAAUUCCUCUACUAAUUCCAUUUAUCUUCUUCAAUGUCCCAUACCGCUCACUAUAUGUUAACAACAACGGAGUGAUCUCCUUCAACAUUCCGGUGAGCCAAUUCACUCCUGAGGCUUUCCCCCUCAGCGACAGCCGGUCCUUUAUCGCUCCCCUAUGGGCCGACGUGCACAAUGGUAUUCGCGGAGAUGUGUACUACCGUGAGGUGACAGAGCCAGAGAUCCUGGAGAGAGCUACUCAGGACGUCAGGAAAUAUUUCAAGAACAUGCCAUCCUUCACUGCCACCUGGGCCUUCAUCACCACCUGGAACCAGGUCACCUUCUAUGGAGGCAGCCAGACAACACCGGUGAACACAUUCCAGUCAGUAUUAAUCUCAGAUGGAGCGUCAUACUUUGCCAUGUUUAAUUAUGGAGAAAUCACAUGGAGCACAGGGACAGCUAGUGGGGGAGACCCUCUUACUGGCCUGGGAGGAACAACUGCACAGUCAGGUUUCAAUGGUGGAGAUGUUAGCCACUUCUUCAACCUGCCUGGCUCCCGCUCAAACGAAGUGGUCAAUAUUGAGCAGACAACAAAUGUCAACAUGCCUGGCCGCUGGUUCUUCCGUGUCGAUGCAGACCAGAUAGACCCAGCCAAUGGCUGCAGCUAUAAUGGGCGGUAUUAUCGACGUGGGGAGGUAUUUUGGCUGUCGGACCAAUGUUCUCAGCGCUGCAGAUGUUUGGAUGUGGACAAUGAGGUCAUCUGCCAGGAGGCUCCAUGUGGCCAGUUGGAGACAUGUGAGCAGCAAGAGGGGGCCUACUACUGUCAACCCACCCGAACCAGCACUUGUGUAGUGUUUGGAGACCCACACUACCACACUUUUGAUGGCUUCCUCUACCACUUCCAAGGUACCUGUUCAUAUCUACUGGCACGUCCUUGCUGGGAGGUGCCUGGUCUCCCAUCUUUCAGCGUCGAAGCCAAGAAUGAAAACCGAGGCAUGGCUUCUGUGUCCUGGCUAAGAGAUGUCACUGUGGAGGUGUAUGGACAUAGAGUCACGCUGCCCAAAGGAACGUUAGGCACUGUACAAGUGGACAGCCUCUUGAAGACUCUACCUGUCCAACUCCAGCUAGGUGCUGUCAAGGUGUACCAGUCUGGUGUUGCAGUUGCUUUGGAAACUGAUUUUGGUCUCUUAGUAACAUACGAUGGGCAGCACUACGCUUCCAUCUCCCUCCCCAGCUCCUACUUCAAUAACACUUGCGGCCUGUGUGGUAACUACAAUGAUGACCCUGCUGAUGACCCUGUGUUGCCAGAUGGUUCACUAGCGGAGAGUGUUGUUGAGUUGGGUGGUAGCUGGCGCGCAGAGGACACUGAUUUCCGCUGUACAGAUGGUUGUGCCCAGAACUGCAGCUUAUGUGAACCAGCUGCUGAAGCCUUCUACUUUCGGCCUGACUACUGCGGCCUCAUUAACAAGACUGAUGGGCCUUUCAGAGAUUGUCGGGCUGUGGUGGACCCCACUGCAUUUGUCUACAGCUGUGUGUAUGAUAUGUGCAGCAAUCGAGACAAUAUUACAACACUUUGCCAGGCUAUACAGGCAUAUGCUUUGGCUUGUCAGGCACUGGGGGUCACCAUCAGACCCUGGAGGUCACGUUCCUUCUGUGCUUUGACAUGCCCAGAGAACAGCCACUACCAGGUCUGCACCAGUGCUUGCCCAGCCUCCUGUUCAGACCUGACCUCUCACCUGUACUGCACACAUCCAUGUACAGAAGGUUGCCAGUGCGAUCAGGGAUUUGUGCUGAGUGGCAGCCGAUGUGUACGACGCUCUGAAUGUGGCUGUGAGCGCGAUGGCCUCUACUACCCCCUUAAUGAGACCUUCUGGGCAGGUGAGGGGGGAGAGGUGGGCAGCGAGUGUUUCCAGCGCUGCGUGUGUGGCCCAGUGGGUGAAGUCACCUGCUUUAAUGACUCCUGUCGAGAGGGCGAGGUAUGCACAGCAGAAGUAGGGUUGCUAGGGUGUUACCCUCGUAGAGAGGCUGUGUGUUCACUGUCUCAGACACACGUCUUGUCUACGUUCGAUGGUUCAUCCAUGCCAUUCCCAGACGAGAGCUCUUUCUACCUAGUGAAGACUUUGGGCCGACUGCCGGUCAAUGUGUCAGCAGUGGAGGUGAAGAUUGGAAGGAAGUUGGUGAAUAAGGGUCCCACCUGGAUAAGGCCUGUAGUUAUCAGGGUUGCACACCUGGAAACACAGAUAGGUGGCUCUGAUUUCGACCUCGUAAAGUUAAACGGUGAGCCAGUGGUCCUUCCAUAUGUCCACCCACUGGAACCUCUUAUGGUGUACCGUGCUUCCGGUAAUACUACUGUAGUGGAAUGGACCGGUCUAAUUAGUGCUCGUUACUCCCGCCAAGGCUUCAUCAAUAUCACCCUCUCCACUGUCUUCUACAACUCCACCUGUGGCCUCUGUGGCUUCUUUAAUGGAGACCCAUCUGAUGACUUCCGUCUGCCAAGUGGAAGGCAGGCUGACACAGCUGACCAGUUCGUUGAAGGCUGGAGGGCCAUUGCUGAUGACCUGACAUGCAAUGGUGACUGUGAUGACCUGUACCGCAUGUGCACAGACCUGCGGUUAUACCAGAGCCCAUGGCUUUGCGGCAACAUAAAUGACCCAGGGAAUAGUUCUUUCCUUGCUUGCCACUCAGCUGUCAACCCCUCACCCUUCUUCAGGAAUUGCCUGUAUAACAUGUGUGUAAAAGAGGGCAACCGCUCUGCCUUGUGUUCUUCUCUGCAGGCCUACGCUUCUGCAUGUCAAGAUGCCCAGAUCAAUCUGGGGCCCUGGAGGAGUGCCACCAACUGCCCUCUGCCAUGUCCAGAGAACAGCCACUUUGAUGAGUGCACCACAGCGUGCCCACUGACCUGUGAGAACCUGGAUGAGCCAGAGGAACCAUGUCCAUUCCCUUGCUCUGAAGGCUGUCAAUGUGAAGAGGGGUAUGCUCUCCGUGAUGGGCUCUGUGUGGCCCGGAGUGACUGUGGCUGUUUCUACCUUGGCCGACAACUGGCCACCAACGAGACCUUCUGGACCGACUGGGAAUGCCAAGAGCGCUGCUUCUGCAAUGGGACCGAUAACAGUGUGUACUGCACCUUCUCCCCAUGCCAGCCAGAGGAAUACUGCCAAGAGAAUGAGGGGCUGUUUUUUUGCCAGCCUCGGACAGAGGCUAUGUGUGUGGUAGCUGGAUACGGACACUUUUUACCCUUCGGAGGUGUCCCAUUUGACCUUCAGAGCAGCUGCACACUUCACUUGGUGACUACGGAUGCAGAGAUGGGUCCAGGGGGCCUACCUCGGUUCCAGCUCUCAGCCCGGAAUGAGGAGCGGGACACAGGGCAGGCCAUCUGGGUGCGAGGCUUUGUAUUGGAGGUGUAUGGUUAUGAGAUAGAGGUGUCAAGGAGCUUCAAACAUACAGUCACGGUAAACAAAGAGCGUUUAUACCUGCCUCUGAAGUUGGGCCCAGGGAAAGUCAACAUUUACACCCUGGGCUUACAGUUACUGGUGGAGACUGACUUUGGACUCAAGGUGGCAUUUGACUGGAAUACGCUACUGCUGCUUUCUCUGCCCCGGAGCCUCUUUAACGCCACCUGUGGGUUGUGCCAGGGAAUGCCUGUGUCUGGUCCUGCCCUUAGUGUCAGUGAGUGGGGUAUGACUUGGGCAGAGCGUGACACCUUCUGUCAGGUGGGGUGUGGGGACUCCUGCCCUCGCUGUGGAUUAGUUGAAAGAGGCCUGGGAGCAGUCAGGCUGUGUGGACUCAUUAUUGAUCGUGGUGGUGUAUUCGCCCGGUGCCACAGCAAAGUGGCACCAGCGUACUUCUACCAGAGCUGCCUGCAGGAUACAUGUGUGGAUCAGGGGGCACGAGAGACUAUCUGUAACUGGUUGCAGAUUUACUCCAGUACGUGUCAGACACAGGGAGUGCCUGUGAUUGGUUGGAGGAGCUCGACUCCCUGUGUGCUAUCAUGCCCGAUGAACAGUCACUACUCCAGCUGUAUGAUGGCAUGCCAGCCCCAGUGUGCGCCAGCGCGGGGCCAGAGGGACUGCAACCAGUACUGUGUGGAGGGCUGCCAGUGUGACCAGGGCUAUGUGCUCAAUGGCAAGAGCUGCAUCCUUAAUCAGAACUGUGGCUGCUACACCGAUGGCAAGUACUAUGAGCCCAAGCAGUUGUUCUGGAACAGCGACUGUACCAAGCGCUGCCAGUGCAUCGGUCGGAACCUGAUCCAGUGUGACCCACGUCGCUGCAAGGCCGAAGAAGAGUGUGCAUUGCGCCACGGUGUCCGGGGUUGCUUCGCCCGCCGCAACCAGCACUGUGUAGCUUCAGGCGGUGGAGUCUUCCGCACGUUUGACGGUGCCUCCCUCCGCCUGCCUGCCUCGUGCUCAUUUGUCCUAUCCACCAUAUGUCACAAGCUGCCUGAGCUAUCCUUCCAACUUAUCGCCAACUUCGACAAGUGGAGCACACCCAACCUCACCACCAUUUCCCAUGCCUACCUCUACAUCAAUGAGGAGAAUAUCCUCAUCUCUGGUAGCACCGUCAAGGUAAACGGGACGCCUGUGUCUGUGCCUUUCGUGACGGGACUAAUGACCCGAGUCUCCACGUCUGAAGGCUUUCUGGUGAUCGACACUCCACAGGACAUCCAGGUCCGGUAUAACCGCUUCAACACACUCAGCAUCACCAUGGGACCACGGCUGCAGAACAAGGUGUGCGGUCUGUGUGGGAAUUUUAAUGGCGACCCCACUGAUGAUUACAUCACCUCUCGUGGCAAACCAGCCGUUAGUGCCCUGGAGCUUGCCCAGAGCUGGAAAACCAAUGGCAUGCAGAACAGCUGUGAUGAGACUCAGUAUGUUGCCCUGGCCCAGUCCUGUGACAACACGGCCAUCCUGGAUCUACAGGGGGAGGACAGCUGUCUGAAACUCACCCAGCUGAAGGGCUUCUUCCAGCCGUGUCACGGCCUGCUGGAUCCUGGGCCCUUCUACCAGUCCUGCUACCUGGAUGGCUGCUACAACCACCGCAAGGCCCAAGUGUGUGGUUCCAUGGCCGCCUAUGCUGAGGCCUGCCGCUCUUUUGGCACGCUCACCACCAAGUGGAUUGCCCAGGAGAACUGCUGUAAGGGCACGCCGCCACCUACAGGACAGGAGGGGGAUGUGUGGGGAAAGGGAAAAAGCAAGGGAUGCAGGGAAUGCCGCACAGUUAGUUCUGUGUGUGUGUGUGUGCUAACUUUGUGCCUGGACCUGUCUUUAGCAGAAUGGAUCUAUGACCCUUGUGCAGGAGAGAUCUGCACGAACAACACAUGUGAGCAGGAGAAUGGAGGAGACCUGUGUGGCUGUCCAGAACUGCCCAGCACUGACAUUGGUGAGGACGACAUUAUCCAGGCCGAGGUAACAUGCAAACAUGCGCAGAUGGAGGUGUCCAUUUCUAAGUGUCGUCUCUUCCAACUGGGCUUUGAGAGGGAGGAUGUGCGCAUUAAUGACCAACGCUGUCCUGGCAUUGAAGGAGAAGACUUCAUCUCCUUCCACAUCAACAACACAAAGGGACACUGUGGCUCCAUUGUGCAGUCAAAUGGGACCCACAUUAUGUACAAGAACACAGUGUGGAUCGAGAGCGUGAAUAACACAGGGAAUGUGGUGACACGUGAUAAGACCAUCAACGUGGAGUUCUCCUGUGCCUACGAGCUGGACAUCAAGAUCUCCUUGGAGACCGUGCUCAAGCCCAUGCUGAGUGUUAUAAACCUGACACUUCCCACCCAGGAGGGAAACUUCAUCACUAAGAUGGCGUUGUAUAAGAACGCAUCUUACCGGCAGCCAUACCGGGAGGGCGAGGUGGUGCUGAGCACCCGGGACGUCCUGUUCGUGGGCGUGUUUGUGGAGGGGGCUGAUGACAGCCAGCUCAUCCUCAUAGUAAACAUGUGCUGGGCCACGCCAUCCCGCUACAGCAGUGACCGCCUCCGCUAUAUCAUCAUAGAGAAAGGGUGUCCCAACAUUAAGGACAACACUAUAGGCAUGGCCGAAAAUGGCGUGUCCCUGACCUGCCGCUUUCAUGUCACUGUGUUUAAGUUCAUCGGGGACUAUGAUGAGGUUCAUCUGCACUGUGACGUCACACUGUGUGACUCUGAAACCAGCGCAUGCAAAGUGAACUGUCCACACAACAAAAGGAGCUACUCAGACUACAGCCAGCAAAAAGAGCACAUAUUGACGGUGGGACCAAUCAGAAGACGAGAGUCGGACUGGUGUGAAGAGGGUAAUGGCGGUUGUGAGCAGAUCUGCACCAGUCAGGUAACAGGACCUGUGUGCAGCUGUGUGACAGGAAUGCUGCAGAGAGAUGGAAAGAGCUGUCGCGCUACCAGCUCCAGCAAUGAUCUCCAGCCCCUGGCUCCCUUGGUUGCCAUUGGCGUUGGCGUCGCACUCCUGAUACACACACACACCUCCGUUCUUUUCUCCUAACGCUAACUGAACCGUAGCCGCAUGGAGGAGAAGGGGAGCAGCGGCAGGCAGAAAGAGAGAAACAGAGAGACAGAACAAGAAGAGAGGAGUGCAUGUUAUAACCAUACGCUGCAGGCCAGAGGAGCGCUAAACAUCACCAGCAGCUUUUCUCCAUCUGCAAAGAACUGUGACCAAACCCCACAAAGCCGUGGGAGCCAAUGUCCAGCUGUACGGAUGCACUCUAAA